CCACGGCAUCGGUUCAACCGAAUCAAAUCAUGUAUUACCGGACCACAUUGACCCGGGACCCGGGCGUCGCCAUUCAGUAGGACAGACGGACUCAACCAAAACAUGUCAGGGGUGAAACAUCACUUGUCACUGCCUGUGUCGGUGGGCGUCCUGUUGGUGGGCCUCCCGUACUCCAUCUCUCUAGCGGCCCAAUGGCUUUAUGGCUGGCCCAACAAGCCCGGAUACAAGAAGUACAUAGAAGCUCUGAAACCACGACGAAUAUACUAUUUGACGAGAGCUGUGCUGGAGUCUUUCAAAUAUCUGCAAUAUGGGAGACUUUACUUUCAGUGGAAGUCGUGGUACAAGAAUGAGGAAAACCGCAAGCACUAUGAGAAGGGCAUCACAUUCGGCCGCCGAAGCAACAAGCUGGACUUGUACCACCCUCCGAAUGUGGACCGGUCCAAAGAGGCGCCCGCACCGCUGGUGGUGUUCGUCUACGGAGGCGCGUGGGGCUCCGGGGACCGAUCCAUUUACUGUCUGCUGGCGAGGCAGAUGGCCGAGGAACUGAGCGCAACUGUCAUUUGUCCGGAUUACUGCGUCUAUCCAAAGACCAACGUCUUGGGGAUGGUCCAGGAUAUCGCUGACUGCCUGGUCUGGGCCCAAGAGAGUGGACAGAAGUUCAACUUUGACAAAGACAACAUAGUAUUAAUUGGCCAUUCGGCCGGUGCUCACUUGUGCGCGCUGACCAUGCUGUUUCUCAUCGAUGCAAGAGAGGAGCUUUUCAUCGAGGCAGGCAGGCAGAGGGAUGUCGCCAUGGCAAUAAGAGGAAUCAUCUGUCUGAGCGGCGUGUACAACAUCAUGGACCAUUACGAGCACGAGCAGAAGCGAGCCGUGGAGUUCGUGUCCACCAUGCACAAAGCCAUGAACGGAGUGGAGAACUUCCCGUACUACUCGCCGACACACUCUCUGAAGCAGCUGAGCCAGGACAAGCUGGACAGAGUGCCUCCGUUCGCUUUGCUCCACGGGACCGACGACAUCAUCGUGCCCGCCGAGUCGUCGGCGAAGUUCUGCGACCUCCUGACCUCGCUGUCCGUGAAGGUGUCGCUCUACCUGCUGCCCAGGGUCGACCACACCGAGAUCGUCACCGACCUGAUGGUGCCGGGCCGCCGCUUCUACCAGCCCAUCUUCAGCUGCAUCAAGCAGGAGUACAGGAAGCUGCUGGCGGCCUGCUGACGACACGCCGUCCAUCCUUCACCAGUGUUUACUGGUCGUGCCAUACACUUGGUUUAUGUCGCCCGUUUUUCAUACCUCAACAUCAUCAUACGUAGCCUUGUUGUUGUUGUUUUUUUACUCGACAUGAUCACGAGUUGUGUUUGAAUUUUUUUACAUUUAUAAUUUAGUAAAUAUGAGAGCGUCUGAUUGACUUGGGACUCGACGCUCUUGAGAAAGAACAUUCCUUGCGGUCUGGCGAACGUCACGCUCAUAUUGUCUUGGAGAAGAUGUCAGCCAGGUUAAAGAGAAGUGAAAUUAAUUCUGAACAGUAUUAUGAAAGAACACUGCGAAGCACACCAAGACGCAGGCCGAUGUGGGAGUAGAGUUAUGACAUGUCCUAAUUUAUUGGUUCACUCGCAUGUUUUUAUGAAAUGAAAUUUUAAUAUAUUUUCUUCAUUUUCUUUCUAUUUAUUCAUAUUAGACAUUUUAAACCCACGUCAAGGAACUGAUUAUUGUUCCGUCUUAAUGAAUUGACUACAAAUCUCUCGGAAAGGGAUAUUAUAUUUGUAUUUGUUUGUCAAGCAGCAGUGCUUUACAGUAAGCCAAUAUAAACAAUUACAACACAUGAUGUAUUUUGUUAAUUUGAUCCGAUGUGAGGUCCUGGGACAGGGAUGUGUACAGAUUGUAAAGCCCUAAGGCAAAUUUGUAAUUUGUGAUAUUGAGCUCUAUUCAAUAAACUGAAUUGAAUUGAA